GCCUGCAGGUGGAGCCCAGGUAUUCCUUCACUGGCUGAAGCUCCAGCUCUACCCACUUCCCAGCACAUAAACAUUUCAUUGCUGCAUUGAAUCAUCACAGAGUGUGAAAGGAAGCAAGUGAAGAGUAGCACACAGAGCUGACAAGAAACUCAGAGGAGGGAAUCACAGCAGAAAGGGGCCAUGGAGCUGAUCCCAAGCUUUUCCAUGGAAACCUGGGUUCUCCUAGCUACCAGCCUGGUGCUCCUCUAUGUAUAUGGGACUUAUUCAUAUGGACUUUUUAAGAAGCUGGGGAUUCCUGGGCCAAGACCUGUGCCCUAUUUUGGAAGUACCAUGGCUUACCACAAGGGUAUUCCAGAGUUUGACAAUCAGUGUUUUAAAAAGUAUGGGAAAAUGUGGGGGUUUUAUGAAGGUCGACAACCUAUGUUGGCUAUCACAGAUCCUGAUAUAAUCAAAACAGUACUAGUGAAAGAAUGUUAUUCUGUCUUCACAAACCGGAGGAUUUUUGGUCCAAUGGGAAUUAUGAAAUAUGCCAUCUCUCUGGCUUGGGAUGAACAAUGGAAGAGAAUACGGACGUUGCUGUCUCCAGCCUUCACCAGCGGAAAGCUCAAGGAGAUGUUCCCCAUCAUUGGCCAGUAUGGAGAUAUGUUGGUGAGGAACCUGAGGAAGGAAGCAGAGAAAGGCAGUCCUGUCAACAUGAAAGACAUGUUUGGAGCCUACAGCAUGGAUGUGAUUACUGGCACAGCAUUUGGAGUGAAUAUUGAUUCCCUCAACAACCCACACGAUCCCUUUGUGGAACAUAGCAAGAACCUCUUAAGAUUUAGACCCUUCGAUCCAUUCAUUCUUUCAAUAAUAUUAUUUCCAUUUCUCAACCCAGUUUUUGAAAUAUUAAACAUUACUCUGUUUCCAAAAAGUACUGUGGACUUUUUCACAAAAUCUGUAAAGAAGAUUAAAGAAAGUCGCCUCACAGAUAAACAAACGAAUCGAGUGGAUUUACUUCAGCUAAUGAUUAACUCUCAGAAUUCCAAAGAAAUUGACACCCAUAAAGCUCUGUCUGACAUAGAACUCGUGGCCCAAAGUACUAUCUUUAUUUUUGGUGGCUAUGAGACCACUAGCAGUACUCUUUCCUUCAUUAUAUAUGAAUUGACCACUCACCCUGAUGUCCAGCAGAAGCUGCAGGAGGAAAUUGAUGCAACUUUCCCCAAUAAGGCCCCUCCCACCUAUGAUGCCCUGGUGCAGAUGGAGUAUCUUGACAUGGUGGUGAAUGAAACUCUGAGAAUGUUUCCAAUUGCUGGGAGACUCGAGAGGGUCUGUAAGAAGGAUGUGGAAAUCCACGGGGUGACCAUUCCCAAAGGGACAAUGGUGCUGGUGCCGCUCUUCGUUCUUCACAACAACCCAGAGCUCUGGCCAGAGCCUGAGGAGUUCCAUCCCGAAAGGUUCAGUAAGAAGAACAAGGACAGCAUAAAUCCUUACGUCUACCUGCCUUUUGGAACUGGACCCCGAAACUGCCUUGGCAUGAGGUUUGCUAUCAUGAACAUAAAACUUGCUCUCAUCAGAAUCCUUCAGAACUUCUCCUUCAAACCUUGUAAAGAAACACAGAUCCCCCUGAAAUUAUACACUCAAGGACUUACGCAGCCAGAACAACCUGUUAUUCUAAAGGUUGUGCCCAGAGACCUGGGACCACAAGUGGAGCCUGACUUUCUCUAAGGAUUUUCACUUUGAUUUUGAAGGAAGCUGCAUCUCAGAACACCAGAGACGUGAUCUACUUUGAUAAAACCAAUAAACGAAGAUGGGCUUCACCUACAUACUUGAUGGCGAGUAGGGAUUCUGCAUAAUCAUUUAGCUUUCUCGCUGCCUACCUGGAUUAUUAUAUACUACAUGCCAUACAAAGGAGGUGAUUAGUAAACGCCAGAUACUCAACUUCACAGGUUCUCAUAGGACACUCUCCAUCCACCCCAGUUAGUACUAUCUACUCCUCCUGAGCACUGAUCAGAAUGAAGAUCUCUCAACAAUCUUAUCAACAGACUUUAAUGAAAAUAAGAAUUAAAAUGGGGACUGGAGUGAUAUUUAUAUCACAAAUUUUAUUUUGAAUAUGCUGAAUAAAACAUAUUGAGCAAGACAAUAA